AUGACACAUUUACUCACAAGCCUGCCCGACGACAUCCUCUUCCUCGUCCUUGUUUACUUGGACAGCGCCCGGUCCGUAAGCGCGCUGAGCCGGACUUGCCGGAGGCUGCACCACCUGGUCCAGCGCGAUGGCUGGCGCAUCUUCGUCAGGAACCGAUUUCCGUCUCUUUCAGCCCCAGCUCCGGCCACCGGCCACCUCUCCUGGCAGCAGGUGGCCGAGUCUAUGACGUGGCAGAGCCGGUGCUGGGAUAGACGGUCGCUGCAGUUCCAGGCCAUCAUCCCUCAUCCCAUGCGGGCGGCGCGCAGUGGGGACUUCAUGUCGGUUAUUGAUGCCCACUUCGACCCGGCCAGCCAGCAGGAGCUUGUGGUAUGGGGAGCCGGGGAAGACGUCGUCGCCCGGUACCGGCAGCGCCGAGGACCCGGCCGGGCUUCGCAGACCUCGUGGCAUCGGCUCGACGGCGAGGAUCUCGGCCUCCGCGCCGGUUAUGACGACAUCAAGACCAUCAAGAUCGUCGCGUACGGCGGGGGAUUAGCAUUGAUCACGGGACGGUACAACGGCCAGCUCUCUCUUCUCUCGGCUGACCCGGCCCGCUUCGGCGAGUGCAUCGCUCAGUUUGGAGCGGCCGCCAAUCCAGAUUUUGACUCGCACCGAGCAUCCGCUCGGGAGACGAUCAAUUCACUCGAUGUCCUCGACACUGGCGGCAGCAGGCUGCUCGCCGCUGCAGCGGAAUCCAGCGUCCGGAUCUACGAACUGCCGGAAGGGGACCCCAUGGACACAGCCCCUGUGACGAUCUACGACUUGAAGGACGAUGCGUUGACAUCUAGCUCGGCGAAACUGGGCCGCGCCAGGUGGAUGGAGCAGGGUGCAUCGAUAGCCCUUGCACUUGUGUGCUCCAAAGAUCCCCUUCGCUACCUGUCUCUGAGCCCCGCUGGCUGGUCCCUCCAUGCAGCUGCGAAGAGCGAGCGAGUGGCGAGGGAGUUCAACAUCAGUUAUGACCGGACAAUCGCCCCGAACUCACUGGAACCCGUCUAUCUCCAUCCAGGCGCCCGGCGAGGCACGAGCUUGCUUCUCAGCGCCUGGAGAGACGGUACCAUACGACUUCAGGACCUUCGGACCCCCUCGGCAUUCGACGCCGUCUACCAGAACAACGUAGAUCCGGGGUCCAACACGGAAACGCUCAUGGCGUACGGCACCGAACGCUUCGUCGCGGGAGGCACCGGGCUCGCCAUCGAGGUGUUCGACUUCCGGUGGCCCAGGAGCUACCACCACACGGCGGGACUCCCAUGCUACGGCGGCAGCCCGUUUCCAAAACCGCACCAGCCCUUUCUGAAACCGCCCAGCACCGCAGCCCAGGGCCGCGCGCGUUGCGACCACGUGCGGGGCCUGCCCUGCCACUGGCACGCGCUCUCGGCGGAGCUCUACCACCGGCCGAACGCCAAGUUCUUCCUCUCGCAGUGGGUCGACUUCUACCGCCGGACCACCGCCGUCUGGUCGCUCGCGCGGGCGUCCGACGUGUCGCCCCACUUCUACGUCGGCGUCUCGGGCGCCGUCGUCGAGGCCUGCCUCGAGCAGACGCCCGACAGCUACGCGCCCGAGCGCGCCGUCGUCGUGGACCCCAACUUCGGCUUCCCCGACUGGAGGGCGCCGCCGCCCUCCGGCAGCGGCUACUGGACCAGGCCGGCCGUCCCCGCGCUGAUGGAGACCGGCGACGGGUAUUCGUUUAAGGGGAACGACCGGUCCAUUGUGCUGCCCAAUUUGCUGCGCUACCGCGGCCCGCGGGAGUGGACGGCAGGCGGUGGGCGGUUGCAGAAGCGCCAUCGGCUGGAUAUCGGGUACCAGCAGGAGACGGAUUUCAGGCUAAUCCUCUCAUGA